GGAUACCUGAGCCGCCUGACGCACAGCUCGUUCUCGGCGCGGGCCCGCACUCUGUGAUGGAAAACACCCGCUGUUUUGCGAACCGCUUCUCGGACUACAAAGGUGCGCUGCUGCCGGGUCAGGGCGCGGAGGCGGUGGUUCCAGCCGUGACGGCCGCCGUGGACCGGAUCCUGAAGAAGGUUCCUCUGGACCAGACCGACUGUGACGGCGGACUGUACGAUGGCCCCGCCGGCGUGGCUUACAUGCUGUAUCACGUCAGCGAGUCCGCGUACUUCUCCGAGCACCGGGAAGAAUACCUGAAGGCGGCCAAGCAGAUCAUCGACGUGUCGGUGAAGUACGUGGACGCGGAACCGGACAAAAACAUGCGCGUCGCCUUCCUGCUCGGCGGGGCGGGAAUCUACGCGGUGGCCGCGAUGAUCUACAAGACAAUGGGCUUGGCUGACUUCGUCAAGCCGCUGACCAAAUUUCGGAACCUGUGGGAGGUGUGCGCGCCCAUCAAUUUCCUGGAGUGCGGCUCCGACGAGCUGUUCGUGGGUCGGGCCGGGUACCUGUGCGCCGCCCUGGUCCUCAGGCAGAAGCUGGGCAUCGAGAUUCUGAGCAAGGAUCAAAUCAAAUCUAUUUGCCAGGCCAUCACUGAUUCGGGAAAGCAGUAUGCCAAGAGGAAGAGGAAGCCUUUCCCCCUCAUGUAUUCAUACUACGGAACCGAGUAUCUUGGUGCAGCACACGGCCUUUCCUCAGUGCUGCAGAUGUUGCUGAGCUACCAGGAUUUGCUGAGCGGCACGGAAAAGGAUCUGGUAUGGCAGAGUGUCGAUUUCCUCAUGAACCAGGAGCAGAACUGCAACUGGCCCGCUGAGCUGGGCGCCAUCAUCGAGAGAGAGAAUGAACUCGUGCACUGGUGCCACGGAGCCCCAGGUGUGGCGUACCUUUUUGCAAAAGCGUACCUGAUUAAUAAGAAGCCUCAGUAUUUGGACACGUGCAUCCGCAGUGGGGAGCUGGUGUGGCAGAAAGGUUUGCUGAAAAAAGGACCUGGGAUUUGUCAUGGUGUUGCAGGCAGCGCUUACGUCUUCCUCCUCCUUUUUCGGCUCACCGGUAACUCCAAAUACAUCUACCGUGCUCAGAGGUUUGCUGAGUUCCUCUUCACAGAGGAAUUUAAGUCGGGCUCCCGCUCUAUGACCAGCAUCUACAGUUUGUUCGAAGGCCUGUCAGGAACAGUUUGCUUCCUGGUUGACCUCCUGCAGCCGGACCAAGCAGAGUUCCCCCUUUUUAGCGUGUUUACAUGAACAGAGCUGACAGGCACUGACCCGAACAGACAUCAUCCCUCUGGAGAAGUGGCUCCAUAUAAAUGUAGUGAGCAGCAGCAGUUAAAAAAAAAAAAACAGAACCCAAACUGUGAUUAGAGUCGAAUUGGAAAUUGGGAUGAUGGUAUUUGUUGUGGUGGUAGUUUAAAAAGAAAUCAUGUGAAUAUGUUACAAUAGAAAACUAUCGUUUUGUGUCUGUGAUCAAGUUGCUGUUCAGCUUUCAGGCUUUAAUCCAUUCGCACCGUCUUUGCUGUGCAGAAAGCAGAC